UUCAUUUGUCAUUUAUCCCUGCUGUGCUGCCAUCUGUAGUGGGAAGUGGGAGUUAUGAUGUGCGCGGUCAUAUGUUCCUGAAUGUCAAAAUUCAAAUUUAAUUGUGAUAAAAAUAAUUUCACGAACCAUCAGAAGAUCCACGGUGAAGAUUCAUCUUCUGGUAGUGGUAGUUACCAAUCGAAUGAAGUUCAUAACCAGUUGCAUAGUAUUUUACAUGAGGUAGAUCAACAAGCUUUACGUAGAAAGCUGUUCAAUUUCCUAAACCAAUGUGAUGAUCCAGAUGUAACAGAUUGUAUCAAUUACUUCAAAGAAAAUUGGGCAUAUGCUUACAGACUCCAUGCUGGUAUUAAUACUGAUAUGCAUCUAGAGAGAUUUCAUAAGACUCUUAAAUAUAUGUACCUCAAAGGAAAGAAAGUUAAAAGACUAGAUAAGGGAAUAUGUGCAAUCGUGCAAUUUGUUGACAGACUUAUAUCCCGUCAUAAAUCUGCUGUAAAAGUCAAAGAAAUAAGAGUUCGUCAUGAAACUAUGACCAGCUUGGAUAAAAAUUUAUUGAUAGAAUGUGAAGAUGGAUGGAAAAUACCUUCAAAUACAUCUGAAGAAAACAUUUAUUCAAAAAACAGACAGCGAUUGCCAAAAAUGCCAACUUAA